GCCCCGACAAACACACCUACUACACCAAACUCGUAUCUUUAACUGUACUCUCACGAAUUCACCCAAUCCGAACCACGUUCGCACCUGAACGCCUCCCCCCUUGCCCUCCUACGCCUGCCCGCCUUGUCGCUCGUUUUGAUUUGGCUUGAUUGCGGGAUCGGACCCGUCUUUUCCGUCCUUGAUAUUCCAAUCUCCAGACGUCUUUCUGCCCUUCACCUAAAAUCAGGCAAAAGCAAUCUUCGAAUCCUGUCAACAGCACAGACAACGCGCAUACAUGCCCAUGCCGACGCUCACCGUCAACAACAUGUCCGGCCACUCCAAAGCCACCCGAGAGAACAAAUCCUCGUACCUGUCGUCCUUUGUGCGAUGGCUGCAGUUGAAAAAGUAUCAGUACGAGGUGACCUUCUCACUGUACAUGCUCACGCCGACCGAGAAAUUCGUCUUCAACUUUAUACUCUUCAUGCUCGUCUCUCUCCUCGUCACCGCAGCCUACUACUAUCUCCCCGACCAUGUCUUCCUCAUCUACAACCGUGUAUGGUAUUAUCUGCAGGGUGAACUCGCCUAUUCAGCUGUAGCUGGAGGAGGAAACCAGAGCGUUUACCUCACUGCAGGGUCUAGAAGUACUGCGGAUGGCUUGACGGCGUUAUCGAGCUCACGAUCCCUCGUCGGUUCCGUCACGACCGCUGCGAAAGAAUUGUGAAAUGAGAUACUGUUGGUGACGUGAAUUCUAUACUUUUUUUCUGGUCCAAAAGAGGGAAAACAAUCAAUCGGAGAAUGCAUGGACAACAUGGGCGUUGGUAGUGAUGUUUUCAAUAAUACUACAACUGUCUGCCUUUUGAGAUAUGUGAUAAUACAAGAAUCAUGAAGCUCUUCAUCCUCGAGCUCAAAAAUUCAUCCCCAUGCGCGAUGGUCGUCUCUCUGCAGGUGUUUGCGUAGACAUAACUUUGUUACGCCGCCGGCACGAUAUGAGCCUGGGUUGAGUGGAGUAAAUAUCACUUUCCCUCCCUACGCUUUGGACGCUUUCCCUUCGCAUACUCGAUGCGAUUGUCAGUGUACUCUCCUCGGGAAGCCACGUUACACGCGCUCGAGGCGCGUAUACAUCACCUGGUCAUCGUUUAGGGUUGUCGCAAGAUGCGGUAUGACGUUCAAUGCCCUGCGAAAGGGGUCUCAAAGUGAUCCCGCUGGACGUUCUCGACCAGGAGCUGAAGGGGUUUGGGACGGAGGGAGACGGGUAUCGAGAGCCCCGGGCUCUUUUGCAUUGAUCUGCUCUCCCUUUCAAGUCGUAUUCACAUUUUAG